UCCAGAAUUCUCCCAGGACAAAUUAUUUGCCAGCUUAAGGAAAGGCCUGGGUUUAUGGUUUCACUUGGAGCCAGAGGUGGAAAGUCUCCGGAGGGACCAGCUGCGGCAGGUAUCGGUGGUUGUCACUGCAGGAAAACGAGAUUGUCUGCAGAUGCUAUUUCUCUGUUACCUUUGAGAAUAAUCAUAACCGAAUAGAGAGAUUUUCACUGUGAGGCCCAUACAUUAGGUGGUCCCAUUUUCCAGUCUUCACUAAGCAGUAUUCUUAGCGGUACCCACAAACAACUUAGUGAAUGGACAAAUAGAUGUGCUCUAAGUCUCAGAGCUGCCACAGCUUAACCCUCCAGGAUGACCUCCCUCUUGGGACUUCUCCCUGUCUUUGCAGGAUGGACACGGAGUCAUCAGAUGAGCUCCUCUUCAAAGACCAUGACUUUUCCUCUGACCUGCUGAGGCAGCUCAAUGACUUGAGGCAAAAUCGGAUCCUGACCGAUGUGAGCAUCUGCGCCGGGUCCUGGGAGGUCCCCUGCCACCGCAACGUGCUGGCCUCCAGCAGUCCCUACUUCAGGGCCAUGUUCUGCAGCAACUUCCGGGAGAGCCGAGAGGCCAAGGUCCAGCUGAAAGGCGUCGAUGCCUCAACUCUGGAGCGAAUCAUCCUGUAUGUGUACACGGGCGAGGCACACAUCACUGUGGAGAGUGUCCUGCCCCUGAUGGAGGCCGCGUCCAUGCUGCAGUACCCCAAGCUGCUCGAGGCCUGCUCCUCCUUCCUCCAGAACCAGCUGACCCCCAGCAACUGCCUGGGCAUGACCAGACUCUCCGAUAUCUUCAGCUGUGAGACCCUCCGGAAGAAAGCCAGGGAGGUGGCCCUGACAUAUUUCCCAGAGGUGGCCGUGUCGGCUGACCUGAAGGAGCUCUGUGCCCUGGAACUGAGAGACUACCUGGGGGAUGAUGGGCUGUGUGGGGAGGAAGAGAAGGUGUUCGAGGCCCUCAUGGUUUGGAUCAAGCAUGACCUCCAGACCCGGAAGCGAUAUAUGCAGGAACUGUUCAAGCAGGUCAGGCUGCAGUACGUCCACCCGGCCUUCUUCCACCACUUCAUCGCCAAUGAUGCCCUCCUCCAGUCCUCGCCCCCCUGCCAGACCAUCCUGGAGACUGCCAAGAGGCAGGUGUUUUCUCUAUACAGCACCGUUAGUUCCACAGGCCUCCAACCUCUGUGGCAUGUCCCACCAAGAAACUCUUACCAAGACUUCCUCAUCCUCUUGGGUGGAAGGAAAGACAACCAGCAGACCACCAGGGACGUCCUGCUGUACGACGGACAGACCAGCCGGUGGCAGAGCCUUGCCAAACUCCCAGCCCGCCUGUACAAGGCCUCAGCCGUCUCCUUGCACCGCAGCAUCUACCUGCUGGGGGGCAUGGCUGUGGGGAAGAGCGUGCCCAGUGCCAAGGUCUACGUCUUCUCCCUGAAACUCAAUCAGUGGAGGCCAGGGCAGCCCAUGCUGGCGGCCCGCUACUCCCACAGAAGCGCUGCCCACAAGAACUUCAUCUUCUCCAUUGGGGGGAUUGGUGAGGGGCAUGAGGUCAUGGGCUCCAUGGAGAGAUAUGACAGCGUCGGCAACGUCUGGGAGAGGAUGGCCAGCAUGCCAGUGGGGGUCCUCCACCCUGCAGUCGCUGUGAAAGACCAGAGACUCUACCUUUUCGGGGGAGAAGACAUCAUGCAGAACCCUGUGCGCCUUAUCCAGGUUUAUCACAUUUCCAGAAACACAUGGUUCAAAAUGGAGACGAGAAUGAUCAAGAAUGUGUGUGCCCCUGCCGUGGUGCUUGGGGAGAGGAUUGUCAUCGUGGGAGGUUAUACGAGGAGGAUCCUUGCUUAUGACCCUCAGUCCAACAAAUUUGUCAAAUGCGCGGACAUGAAAGACCGGAGGAUGCACCAUGGGGCCACGGUGAUGGGAAACAAGCUCUACGUGACGGGCGGGCGGCGGCUGACCACGGACUGUAGCAUCGAGGACUCGGCCUCCUUCGACUGCUACGACCCCGAGACGGACACCUGGACGUCCCAGGGGCAGCUGCCUCACAAGCUCUUUGACCACGCCUGCCUCACCCUCCAGUGCAUCCCCCACCACUCCACCGUCCCCUGGGUUCCAUGAGAAACCGAGAAGUCAUCUGUCCUAGUCAAGAUGCUCUGGUUGCAAGAGACAGAGCCCAGCUCCAAAAAGCUUAACCCUAGAAGGGUGCAGGGGGAGCUAACAGGAGGGAAAGUUCCAGAGCCUGGAGGCCUGGGACCAAGCACAUUGCUGACAGAACUCUGUCUCUUGCUCGAUCUCUGUCUCUCUGUGUCUUUUCUCGCUCUCUCUCGCUCGCUCUCUCUCUGCCUCCCUCUUUUUCUACCUCAUCUGUAGGCUUCUUUAUCCACACAGUGUUGGAACAAUGGCAACUGAUAAAUCCUGACCCACACUCUCGAGCUUCAGAAAGGAACUUUACCACUAUCCAUAUAAUAACUGCUCCCCCAGAAUGAUGGUGAUUGGCCCUUUUUUAAUUCCAAGCCUCCCUCUUGAGCCAAUCACCAUUUCCAGUGACUGUGUUACUAUAGUUGGCUUGUCCUGGAUUGUGUCUCUACAGGCCAAGGUAGGGUUAACAGUUGCUGCUGACAACCUAUCUAACUGGACAUAAUGAAUAGAAGUAGUUUCCCAGUGCAAGAAAUAAAAGCUGAGCUCACAAAACCACAUCUUUCCAGAACAACCUGGAAAUUCAGAAUGAGAGGGCAAAGACACCCAGCAGGGUCCCUGGAAGUCCUUCCUCCAGGGGGCAUCAGGAAAAACAGGCCCUGACUGUUUCUCUGUGGGCUUCCCAGGUGGUUCAGAGGUAAAGCAUCCACCUGCCAAUGCAGGACACGUGGGUUCGAUCCCUGGCUGGGGAAGAUGCCCUGGAGGAGAAAAUGGCAACCCACUCCAGUAUUCUUGCCUGGAGAAUCCCAUGGACAGAGGAGCCUGGCAUGCUAUAGUCCAUGGGGUCACAAAGAGUCAGACACAACUAAAGUGACUAAGUACAUCCACACACUAUUUCUCUGCAUUCUAGGAUGUAGUGCAUUGGUAUGCCAGAAGAGUAUAUGAAACUUGGUAUCUAGUAUUUGCUAAGUUAUCUGCACCACCACAAAAAAUAAGUAAAUAAAGUGUGUUUCUGCUGCCAAGUGAUGUUUUUCUCCAGCCUCUGGGGAGCUAUAAACCUGCAGAAUUUAUCAAGAUUUUCAUUUUGAUAAAUGUUAUAAGAAUUGCCGUCCUAAGGAAAGCCAACAAAUUCCUUCAGAGUUUACCGCAAUUGUGGCCCUUCCAAUGCCAGGGCUGGCCAUUUCUGUAUGGCCCUCUUUAUCUCAAAGUGUCUCCACGCUGGCUCAGUCCUACACAUGGGAAUUAGCUGAAGCUGCUGGCACAUUACAAUCACCUGGGAAGAAGUCUGAAAAUGGGGCUGAGCCUCACUAAGGAUGCACAGAUGGGGAUUCUCAGAGGCAGGGUCAGAGCUCGGGCUUUUUUUUUUUUUUUUUUUUGGUUGUUGUUUUCUUCGGACACACUAGGUGGCUUGCAGGAUCUUAGUUCCCCGACUAAGGGGAACUUGCUCACUUGGGGCAACUUGCUUCACUUGCCCACCUCGGCAGUGAAAGUGUGCAGUCCUAACCACUAGACCACCAGGGAAGUCCCCAGAACUCUGUACUUUUGAAAAGCGUCCCAGAUGACCGUAACGUACGUGCACUGAGGUCCAGAACCACCACCCUGCUCACUCGCGGGCACUGAAGACCUUCAUGUGCUGGUCCCAGUCCCAUCCUGUCCUGCCAGCCCCGCCCCAGCCCAGCGGCAGAGGCCAAGUCCUCUGUCUGCCAAGGGAAGUGUCCAGAAUGGGUCUUGAUGCCCUGAGCCUGCAUCCCGGUGCCCCCCAGCUGAAGCCUUCCUCCCCACCCAGCUCUCCGGGUCCAUGGUCCAGAC